AAUAAUCACUAUCAUAGAGGACUUGCCCCACAGAAGACUUUUCAAAUGCCAUCAUUCUUGUGGCAUUGCAUUUUAUAUCCGGCCACAGACCAGAGUUUCUGAGGCCACAGAAAAUUUCUCUUAGCCUGAAACAAUGAAAUCUCUGUUUCUUGCAUUUCUGUGCAUGACCUUAUCACAUGCAGCAGCAAAGAAUCUGUCUGAAGGAGAAAACGAAGCAUUUGCUCUUCUGAGCUGGAAAGCCAGUCUUGAUAGCAAAAGCCAGUCGCUCCUAUCGUCGUGGAGUACUGCAAGUAGGCCUUGCAUUUGGGCUGGCCUUGGAUGUAACAAGCAUGGAAGGAUUGUGCGUGUAAAUCUCACCGGCUACGGUAUAGAAGGCAAGCUUUCCGAUUUGAACUUUUCUUCAUUGCCCCAUCUCCACUACAUUGAUCUUCAGAACAACUCUCUGAUUGGGAACCUUCCCAUGAACUUUUUUGGCCUGUCAAGGCUCACUUAUCUUAAUUUAUCUGUCAAUCAUCUGUCGGGCAAACUUCAACCCGAGGUAGGCCUUCUUACCGGCCUAAGAUUCUUUCAUAUGGCUGCAAACAAUCUCAGUGGCUCUGCUCCUCAAGAAAUUGGAAGCUUAACUCAUCUGAUAGAACUUGAUUUAUCGAGCAACAGCCUAACAGGUCCGAUUCCUACUUCUAUUGGGAACUUGAGGGACUUAACUUACAUAUCAUUCGCAAAGAAUAAAAUAUCCGGCUGCAUACCUUCGUCGAUUGGAAACCUGACAAAACUAAACAGGCUUUACUUGUAUGGAAAUCAAUUAUCCUGCCAUGUCCCAAACGAAAUUGGAAUGCUGGAGUCACUUAGUGAACUUUUUCUUUCAAAGAAUAAUCUCAUGGGUCCAAUUCCCAACUCAAUUACCAGUUUGGCCAACUUAAACUUCUUAUACCUCUGUGAGAACGAGCUUUCAGGAUGCAUUCCUUCCGCCAUUGGGAAUUUAACAAAACUCAGAGAGCUGUGUCUGUAUAAGAACCAGCUAUCCUGUUCAAUCCCUGAUAGCAUUGGCAAUUUGCGCAGCCUGGCAAUAUUGUACCUCAGUGAAAAUCAGCUCUCAGGAUCUAUUCCUUCUUCUAUUGGGAACUUAACGGAGCUCACAGAGAUGUCUUUGUUCAAAAACCAGAUAUCCGGUCCGCUGCCUGUUAGUAUUGGCAAUUUGAGGAACUUAACUAUUUUCCGCCUUAGUGAAAACUUGCUUUCGGGAUGUAUUCCUCCUACAAUUGGGAACUUGACAGGGCUGAAUAAGCUGCUUCUCAAUGUAAAUAACUUGUCCUGUUCAAUCCCUCCAGAAAUGGUUCAUCUUAACCAUUUGGAGUCUUUAUCUUUAAGUGGAAACAAACUUACAGGCCAUUUGCCAGACAAUUUGUGUCUAGGUGGGUUACUUAAAAAUCUUACCGUAAAUGACAACAUGAUCACGGGUCAUGUCCCAAAAAGCUUAAGAAACUGCACUAGCCUACAGAGACUCAGGCUUGACAGAAACAGAUUUACAGUGAAUAUAUCAGAAGAAUUUGGUUUCUACCCGAACCUGCGUUACAUCGAUUUGAGUUACAACAAUUUUUAUGGUGAGCUAUCUUCUAAUUGGGGGGCAUACCGCAACCUGACAACCUUGAAGAUCUCGAACAAUGGUAUCUCGGGAGAAAUACCUCCUGAGCUUGGAGGGGCUUCUCAACUGUACAGGUUAGAUCUCUCCUCAAACCUAUUAACUGGGAGUAUUCCCAGAAGUUUGGGGAAUUUAACCUUUCUGCUGGAGCUGCUGUUGAAUGAUAACAAACUUUGUGGAAGCGUCCCAUCAGAAAUCGGGAAGCUCAAGGCACUGUCAUCACUAGACCUGGCGGCAAACAAUCUUACUGGCGAAAUUCCAGGACAAGUUGGAGAAUGCACAAAAAUAUUCGACUUGAACUUGAGCAGCAAUUCGUUCACCGGAUAUAUUCCUUCUCAACUAGGAGCUAUGCGAGAUCUUCAAACUCUUGAUCUCAGCAACAACAUGUUAAAUGGUGAAAUCCCUUACCAGCUAGGAGAGCUGAAAAGCUUGGGAAUUAUGAUACUGUCACAUAACAGGUUAUCGGGUUCCAUUCCUUCAAGCUUUGAGCAAUGCUUGAGUUUAGUUUCUGUGGAUAUCUCCUAUAAUCAGUUAGACGGUCCUCUUCCAGAUAACCGGGCAUUUCAGAAGGCCCCUUUUGAUGCCUUGAGAAAUAAUAAGGGCCUAUGUGGCAACAUUACAGGUCUGGGGAAUUGUAAGCCAAUACAGUCAAUUAAACCAAACCAAGGGAGUAGAAAGUUUCUUGCUGUACUGAUACCUGUACUUUUGGGAAGCAUCUUGCUUUCAGUUUUCAUCAUCAGUCUGGUUUUGUUUUCAAGAGCAGAUAGAAGCAGCAGCAAAGAUGCCCCAAGAGAACCAGCUGAAAAAUUGUUCGAUUUGUGGAGCUUUGAUGGUAAGUUAGCAUAUGAAAACAUAAUUGAAGCAACAGAGAACUUCAAUCCCAGAUAUCAUGUUGGCAUUGGAGGACAGGGUAGCGUGUUUAGGGCUGAGUUGGCAGAUGGACAAAUUGUGGCAGUCAAGAAGCUCCAUGUUUCAGAUGAUGGUGGAUCAAAGAAUCCAAGAAGUUACACGAAUGAAAUACGUGCACUGACAGAGAUACGCCAUCGCAAUAUAGUGAAGCUGUUAGGCUUUUGUUCGCAUCCACGUCACACAUUCUUGGUCUAUGAGUUCUUGGAAGGGGGAAACUUGUCAGAUAAACUAAACUCCGAUGAACAAGCACAGGAAUUUCAAUGGAAUGAGAGGAUAAAUGUUGUCAAGGGUGUGGCAAAUGCUUUGUCCUACAUGCAUCACAAUUGUUUACCUCCCAUACUUCAUCUGGAUAUAUCAAGCAAGAACGUUCUUUUGGAUUUGGAGAAUGAAGCUCACAUUUCUGAUUUUGGCACAGCAAAGCUGUUGAGCCCAGACUCAUCUAACUGGACUUCUUUUGCUGGAACUUAUGGUUAUGCAGCUCCGGAACUGGCAUACACUAUGAAAGUGAGUGAGAAGUGUGAUGUCUACAGCUUUGGAGUGGUAGCACUAGAAGUGAUCAUGGGGAGGCAUCCUGGAGAUCUAAUUUCAUCCAUAUCAUCAUCAGAAUCAAUAUCUCAUAGCACGUUACUGAAAGACAUGAUGGACACUCGACUCCCACCUGCAGGGAAGCAAGUGGACGAACUACUGGUGUUAACAGCAAAGCUGGCUUUUGAUUGUGUGCAGGCUAAUCCACAGCUUCGACCAACCAUGCAGCAGGUUGCUUACCAGCUAUCAAGUUAAAUGGCACCUUAAUUUCAGUUUGAAGAAACUAGUACCUGUUAUUGCCAUUGCCAGGCUGUUUCGUGCAGAACGUUCAACUGUAUAAGCAUUUGCAUACACACAUUUUAGCUUUGUAAAUAGGAGGCAAAAUGUCUGGAAAAGUAGUGAUUACAGACUUUGCAGGAGAUAUCAUGAAAAAGCGCCUCGUCAGUGUAGACGAGUUUCUAUCCACAUCCAUGACUUGUUCAAGCAAGAAUGGAAAACAAAAAAGAAGUACCAAACUCAUUAUUUUUCAUCCUUCAGUUACAAAAACUCAUACGGAGGUGGA